AUGCCCCCCAACAGCAGCGCGGCGGCGGGAGAGGCCGGGCGGCGGCAGGGCCCGGCGGAGCAGGGCGGGACGGCGGGCGAGAUCGCGGGGAUGGUGGUGAUCCAGUGCAUCUACGCCCUGGUGUGCCUGCUGGGGCUGCUGGGCAACUCCCUGGUCAUCUUCGUCAUCCUGCGCUACGCCAAGAUGAAGACGGCCACCAACAUCUACCUGCUCAACCUGGCCAUCGCUGACGAGCUCUUCAUGCUCAGCAUCCCCUUCGUGGCCACCUCGGCCGCGCUGCACCACUGGCCCUUCGGGCGGGCGCUGUGCCGCACCGUGCUGGGCGUGGACGGGCUCAACAUGUUCACCAGCGUCUUCUGCCUGACGGUGCUCAGCCUGGACCGCUACAUCGCCGUGGUGCACCCGCUGCGCGCGGCCACCUACCGCCGCCCCAGGGUGGCCAAGAUGGUCAACGGCGGCGUGUGGCUCCUCUCCCUGCUCGUGGCGUCGCCCAUCCCCGUCUUCGCCGGGACGGCGGCCACCCGCGACGGCCAGGCCGUGGCCUGCAACCUGCUGUGGCCCAGCCCGGCCUGGUCGGCCGCCUUCGUGGUGUACACCACCCUGCUGGGCUUCCUGCUGCCCGUGUCGGCCAUGGGGCUCUGCUACCUGCUCAUCGUGGGCAAGAUGCGGGCGGUGGCGCAGCGGGUGGGCUGGGAGCAGCGCCGGCGCUCCGAGGGCAAGCUCACCCGCCUGGUGCUCAUGGUGGUGGCCGUGUUCGUGGUGUGCUGGAUGCCCUUCUACGUGGUGCAGCUGGUCAACCUCCUGCUGCCCGGCCGCCUGGACGCCACGGUCAACAACGCCUCGCUCAUCCUCAGCUACUCCAACAGCUGCGCCAACCCCAUCCUCUACGGGUUCCUCUCGGAGAAUUUCCGGCACUCCUUCCACGGCGUGCUGCGGCGCUGCCUGGACGCCAGCCUGUGCUGCUGCCACGCCGGGGACAGGGACGGCGACGAGGACGAGGAGGAGGAAGAGCCCCUCGACUACUGCGCCGUCCCCCGGGGGGACGACAAGGGCAAGGGCUGCGUGUGCCCCCCCCUGCCCUGCCAGCAGGACCCCCUGCACCCCCAGCCCUGCUGCAAGCCCGGGCCCCUCCUCACAAAGACCACCACCUUCUAGGGGAGGCCCCCCGCGCCGUGCCAGCCCCGGGGGUGGAAGGGGAUCCCGGAUGGAGAGGGGACGGAUGCCGUGCCCGCCCCGCCGGCCCACCCUGUGCUGUGCUGUGCAGUUCCCCAAAUAAAAAGCCAUAAGACUGGCCUGGGAUACCGUGAAUUCCAUCGACCGAGUCGUUAUUGCUGUUCCCUUUGUCACUCGGGAGCCUCGGCUGGGACUGGGGACGGGAAGGAUCCCAAAACGCCACUGGCGUUUAUUAACCUGCCCCUCCAGAUUGAUAAAUAACAAGUUCCUGUUCCUUCCCAAGACAUGCCCUGAGAGACAGGGAAAAGCCCCAAAGCCCAUCAGCCCUGCCAGGCCUACAGCCGAGUGAGGUCCCACCAACAGUCACUCCCACUGCCCCUCAAAUUCC